UGUCUAUGAAUGUUGAGGCCACAGUCCAUUACAACAUUGCAUGUAAAUAGUUCGUAAUCAACGGCGGAUUUUAAAACCAAGAGUAGAAUGAUACCGAAAGUGAUUUUUAUACUACUCAUCUUAGUAGCCGCUGCACAAGGAGAUUUUCCGGAUGAUCCUAAGCCCUGUAAAUAUGGUGACGCUGAGUGUAUUGGUAAACUUUUUGAGUAUUUCGUUAGAGAAAAACAUAAAGGUGAUGAAAGUAUUGGAUUGACAUCCAUCGACCCCUUGCCAGUAAAAAAAAUUCCAAUAACUGUUGGAUCUGAUAGCCCUGUCAAUAUUGAUUUGGUAGUGUUUAACGGGAAAGUUGAAGGUGUAUCGACUUUAAAGUUUGUCAAAAUGAAGGGUUUUGGCAAGGAUAUUGCGGUAAAUCACGAAAUUGUAAGCCAAUCCGAUAGUCUCAUCUUUACCGGCCCUUAUAAUCUAACCGGAAAAGUUCUACUUCUACCCAUUUCCGGAAGUGACGUAUGCAACAUCACAUUGUUGAAAACUACACUAACCAUCGGAUGGACUGGAGUUCCUUAUGAAAAGGAUGGGGAAAUCUACAUGAAACCCGACAAAUUCCAUCUUCAUCUGGAUCCACAAGGUGUUGUGGUGAAAUUCAACAACCUCUACAAUGACAAAGAGUUGUCCGAUAAUAUGAAUAAAUUAUUGAACGAAAAUGUGAAAGAGCUCUAUGCCGAGAUUUCACAUCUUAUCGACAAAGGUUAUGCAGCUAUUGUUCGUAAAGUGGUUACGAAAGUUUUUGCCACAUAUCCCUAUGAAAAGUUUUUCAUGAACUAAAAAGAAUCAAUGAAAUUAUUGAUAAAGAUAAUUCUAGAAUUUUAAGUGAAAAAAACUUCAAUUACAUAUUAUUUGUACUAUAAGUGAUAUAAAUACAAAAAAAAAAAUUUUAAAACUAUAUAAUAAAACAAAAUUUUCACUUUUGUUUCUUCCAAUAAA